GCCUGGAAUGGCAAUAACUACACUGUCGCAUCGUACGACCGUAAUGGAAUCAUUAAGGCAACAGUUCCGACAAUCCCUGAAAAUGGAUUCUUUCCAAACACUACUGUUCCUCGCGACAGCGAUGAAAUUAGAUUUAUUGAUGACGACGGACCUGCUGGACCGUCGGCGUAUGGAUAUGGCCCAGUGGAGCAGCUUUUUCUCUAUGGUGGCAGUGGUUUAGUCAGUGAGAACGAACACAUCGAAGAGCAUUCCAGUCCUCCGGAUCCCCCAGCGCAGUACGAUCAUUUCGAUGUUAUUCGGCAGCACUGUGAUGAAGCAGCAUCGGGAAGUGCAGGGAGCCUUCGCGAGUGUUUUGAUGAUGAUGAUAGUGUGCUGGCAGAA